AUGGCGGACUACUACAACCACAACACCACCACCACCACCACCACCACCACCCCCACCGGAAUACCCGACCCGUUCGCCGCCUCCGAUGCCUCCCCCGCCCCGGGGAACGGAUCCCUAGACGGGGGCCGCGGCCCCAGCGACGGCCUCCAGACGGUCCUGGGGGCGGUCCUGACCGCCAUGCUGGGCGUGGUGGUGUUCUCCCUGGGCUGCUCCGUGGAGGCGUCCAGGCUGUGGGCCCACCUGCGCCGGCCCUGGGGCGUGCUGGUGGGGCUGGGCUGCCAGUUCGGGCUGAUGCCCCUCACGGCCUACCUGCUGGCCUCGGGCCUGGGCGUGCAGCCCCUGCAGGCGGUGGCCGUCCUGGUGAUGGGCUGCUGCCCUGGGGGGGUCAUCUCCAACAUCGUCACGUACUGGCUGGACGGAGACAUGGACCUCAGUAUCACCAUGACAGGCUGUUCCACCACACUGGCCUUGGGGCUGAUGCCGCUGUGUCUGUACGGGUACACGCAUGUCUGGGAGGUGACCACACACAUCAAGAUCCCCUACUCUAAUAUGGGGUUGACUCUUCUCACCCUGGUUGUACCCGUGGCGGGGGGUGUGGCUGUAAACUACAAAUGGCCUAAAGUUGCUAAAUGUAUCCUGAAGGUGGGCUCUGUGGUUGGCAGCGUGAUGUUACUGGUGGUGGGCGUGGCCAGUGCACUUCUGUAUCCUGGAUCCUGGCAAACUGACGGCUCGCUCGUCGUCAUAGCCGCCGUCUUCCCUCUGAUUGGCUACACUGCCGGCUUCCUCAUAGCAGUCAUCUGCAGGCAGCCAUGGCAGAGAUGCCGGACCAUCGCCAUGGAGACGGGAGCCCAGAACGUCCAGAUCAGCUCCACAGUGCUGCAGCUGUCCUUCCCUCCGGAGCAGCUGGUGGUCAUGUUCACCUUCCCCCUGAUGUACGGCUGCUCCCAGCUGCUCCACAGCCUUCUGCUGGUCUCAGGUUGGCUGCAGGGCGCCCUAACCUGA